CAGUCUAGCAGAUAAAAGGUUGGGAGGCAGGGGAUAACAGUUACAUGCAGAAUGAUUUACAGUCUCUUCUUGUGAUUCCCUCUUUUAAUCGAAAAGAAGUUGGACAUGGGUAUAACUUUAUUAUGGUGGAUAACUUUGUUCUGCAUAGCUGGUUUGUGCAGAAGUGUACAUGUAACUGUUCCUGAGAAGAAGAAAGUGGCCAUGUUGUUUCAGCCUGUAGUUCUUCAUUGCCAGUUUACAACAACCGACAUCAAUCCACCAGUGGUACAAUGGAAAUACAAAUCCUACUGCAAGGAUCGCACAAAAGAUGCAUUUGGUUUCUCUGAUCCUAUGGGAACUGCUGUUUCUCAGGUUAAUGAGCUGAGUGUAGGAUGGGACCCCCAUCUGGACUGCCUGGAUAAAAGUCGUACUGUUCGCAUCGUUGCUUCUAAACAAGACUCAGCUAUCACAUUAGGUGACUACUACAAAGAUCGAGAAGUCACCAUUAUCAACAAUGCAGACCUGCAGAUUGGCAAACUGCACUGGGGUGACAGUGGGGUGUAUUACUGUCUUGUUACCUCCCCCAUUGACAUCAAUGGCAACAAUGAGGACAGGAUGGAGAUGUUUGUAUUAGGCAGGACAGGGGUAUCUGCUGACCUCUUGCCCCGUUUUGCUGUGGACAUUUUUCCAGAAUGGGCAUUUGUUGGGCUGGUUAUCUUUGGCACCGUUUUUCUCUUCCUUAUGAUUGGAAUUUGUUGGUGUCAGUGCUGUCCUUAUAGUUGCUGUUGCUACAUUCGCUGUCCUUGCUGUCCAAACACCUGCUGCUGUCCAAGAGCAUUGUAUGAAGCUGGCAAAGCAGUGAAGACUGGGAAUUCUCCAACUAUUUCUGUAUCUUCUCCUCCAUAUUAUAUUCCCAAUGUUCCCAUGGCACCAGUUCCAGUUCCGACACCAACACCACAGAAACAUCAUCCUCCAACUAUUGUGGAAAACAAUCCGACUGGAAAUCAGAAUGUUCGCAGUGGCUACAGGAUCCAAGCCGACAAGGAGAGGGACUCCAUGAAAGUUAUGUACUAUGUGGAAAAAGAGUUGGCACAGUUUGACCCAACAAAGCGGUCACCCAAUAAAUUUAGCCGCAGUAUGUCAGAGCUCAGUUCCCUACAUGAACCUGAAGGAGAUUUCAGACAGUCUUACCAACAAGUUCGGAAACAUGCCCUUCCUCCCAUCAGGGAUGCUGAUGAAAAUACAGAGUAUCGGCCACAUAUAAAUGAUACAGCUGCCAGGCGAGCAGGACGGAUCAACCCUACAAUGGGCAGGGAGGCUGAAAAUUACAGAAGCACAUGGAAUCGACAAAGACCCAAGUCUGAACAUCUGGAAAGAAAAGCAUACCAUAACAGAGGGCCUACAACCUCUCUGGAUGAACUCGUUGAAUUUGCAAAUUCCUACACUCAGAGACCAAAAAGACCAGAACAAAGAGAAGCAGAAGAAAUCGGUCUUCAACAAUAUGAGAGUCAGAAUCCUUUCCAUGGCACUGUUCAGACUCGAAUGGGUUAUCUUGGGGGCUCUUUGGAUGAAUAUUACAACAGACAAAGCCAGAGCAGGGAAUAUUUGUAUAGCACUGAUUUAAGACGUCCUCGCAGCCCUCCACAAAAAAGGGAUUACAGACAAAUUCAGCGACCAAGGACUGCAAAUGGAAGCCGGGUAUAUGACAGUAGUUACCUCACCAGUGUAUUGGACAGAAAAUCCCAAAGCAGAGUUCGUGGGGAAAGUUUCACUAGUGACCUACCUUCACGGCCUAGCUCCAGACAGAGUAGUUGUGAAUACUAUUAUAAUAGGUUUCCAAGCUAUAAGGCAGUCGAUGAUGAUGUAUUGCCACCAUACACUGAGAGGGAGGUAGUGAGACCAAGGCCACAGUCAGAACGGUCUUAUUACCACUCCAGAGAAGGCAUGCAGUUCAACACUUGGUAUGAUAGAAGAGGCUCAGAACGAUGCAAGAAAACAGUGUGGCAGUUGAAUCUAUGAAAAAAAGAGCAGUUUCCCAAACCGGGACAGCCUUGUAGUUUGAGACGGGAAGACUGGCGGAAGGAUUCUAAAUGUUCUACUGGUAAAAUCAACUUGGAAGAACUGCACAUGUUGGCUCUGGCACAACAUUAAGAGCUUCCCAAUCAAACUGCAUUGAUUCAAGUGUCUUCUUUCUAAGCAGAAGUGUUUGGAGCACAGAUAUAAUCACAUUUAACAGGGCUCUUUUAACAAUGUGAAUCAUAAACUGUAAGGUAGUAAAUGUUCAUUACAAGAAUAUCAGUGUCAACCAAAAAUGUUUAUGUGGUGUCCUAUCAAAGCCGUGGCAUUCUAGUCCAUGGCUGUUACUUAUGGUAACAACAUGAAGCACACAUAUGACUAGGACAUGAUUUGUCAUGAUGUAUUGUGCAGUUCUGGUUUGUACUAGGUGACUUUCCUUCUUUUUACAGAACACAUUGUGUGUCAUUGCUGUUUACAAAAUGUUAAAACUUAUUUUGGGCUUAAGGUAAGAGAUACACAGGUUUUCAUAACCCAAUGAAAGCUUGCAUUUCUGUCUGAUCACAGUGGAAUUAUUACACUUGUUUCUCAUCAGUGUGGCUGGCCAAGUGCCUCAGUGUCCGCUGGAAAUGGGAAAAGCAUGUGUUUGGGGGAGAGACUGGCUCAGAGAAUCAUUUGAAAUUUUGCAAAUAAUUCUCCUUGUGGUUCAUGACAUAGAUUUAGGAGAGUAGUAAGUCUGAGGAUGAUGCUGAUGGACCACAAAUAGAGGCAGCCUGGAGACAUUGUUUAGUAGUAGACCUUACAUUAAUUGACUUAGACAUAGAAGACUUAAAGAGGAACUGAACAUUUUCAGUCCUGAAGGAAGUCAUCUUUUAUCUCAGUUCAAAUGAAGAUACAGUAAGUUGUUUCCAACAAGCUUGCCUUCUUUCUGCCUAAUUCCUCAGCUCUAGAAGGUUUGUAGACUUAGUAAGUUGUGUGCAUUACUGCAUUGCCAGCGUGAAUACUGCAUCAAACUUGGAGUCCAAGAAGAUGAAACACUUGCAGCAGUCUUUUUAUUUCUUCAUUGUUAAUUUUACCAACAGUAUUAUUUAAGAAACUUAGCUCUUUGGAUUUAGAAACUUGUUAAUAACAUGUGCUGCUAUUCUUGUACAAAAUGAGAUUUGGGAGUCAACCAAAGAGUUUAGCUAAACUAAAACUCUAUAGUGCCUUUUAGAAAUGGUCUGGCCUCCUUGGUUUUUUUCUCUCUUAUCUCAUUCAUGCAUUUACAACUAUUUUUUUCAGUUUAAUGCCAUCAUAAAUAUCACUUGAUUAUUCCAAAGAAAAAGGAAGAAGAAGACAUAAAGCAGCUGGUGGAUCUUUGAAGACAUUUGAACAAUCUAUGACUGCACAUUAUGUUUCUGUAUUGGAGCUCCACAAACUUGACAUGCGGUUGCAAUACAGAAGGAUUUAGUUCUGAUUUAAAGGUGUUUUCUAAUGGACAAAGAUGUAAUAAUUUUGAUAUUCAUUACUGAGUACUAUAGACGAGCAAAGAGGAGGCUGUUUCAGCUGCAAGACCCAAGAGGUGUCACAGCUGUGGUAUUUGUUUUUUCAAAACAACUCCACAGUAAAUCUUAGGGGGCACUUCAUAAUUAUGACUAUCCACCAGUUGCCACUAUGGCUGUGCUACUGUGUUGUAGCUUUUAGUAUUACCACUGUAUACUUUCAGUAUUCAUUUUGAAUAUCAAAUAAAAAAUUGCAGUAUUGCCUACAGUCUUUUUUAUAUUUGGUUCUGUUUAAUGGACUAGGAGCUGGCCUCACAAGACUUUUACUGCUUAUUAAAUAAAGAAAGAGUAAAACAGGGUGAUGAGAUUAAAAUUCAGGGUUCAGAAGUUUAUGUAAAGAAGCUAUUUUUCCAGCAAACCUGUAUGUUCAUGUGCCAUGGAUAAAUGCGCAUUGUAAUUUUAUGUUCACUGGUGCAUGUCUGUACACUCUAUAUUUUAAUAAAAUGGUUGUAAAAUUUCA